GUCGCGUCUCGACCCUCUCAUUUCUUGUCAUGGCCUCUGACGAAAACGGACCCACACCACCUUAUAGAGACGUCUCCCCCGCACCGAUAGAAUCGAACGGCUCGACUUCCCGGGUACCACGGCCAAAGGUGUACUUCGGCGACGGGCCUUUCACUGCCCCCAGCAGCGCAGACGGGCUGGACGACGAAGAGCGGGCAAAGGCGCUUGAAGAGAUGGAGAAGGAUAACCCGGAUACGGGGGAGAACGAGACACUGUUGGGCAAACCCGAGAAUGGGGGUGAGGUGGAUGAGGAGCUGGGCAGAAAUCCUGUGCAGCCUGAUCGGCCCCGUUCACCACUACGAUGGCUCGUCAUAUGCCUCUGUGCCCUCCUGCUCACAUCGGUACUCAUCGGCGCCUUCGCUGCGUACUCUUACCGCGUCGGCCCUGUACUCCUUGGCAGGCGACCCAUAACCAUGGAUCACGUAUUCAACGGGACGUUCAGCAGCUGGAGCCACGCUGUGCGCUGGGUGCCUGAGGCGGGAGAUGGCGUGUACGCGAAGACUAAUCCGAGCGGGGACAUUGAGCUCGUGGAUUUGAAGAUGAAUUCUAGCAGAGUGUUGCUGAAUAAAGGUGGAGCUCAAGAUAAAAAUGGAGAAAUAAUCCACUGGGAUGCCUGGAAGCUGUCCCCAGACAUGCAGUAUAUUCUCUUGAAGACCAAUUAUAAGAAGCAAUGGAGACACUCGUCCUUCGGGAACUACUAUAUCCAUUCCCUCAAAACCAACAGCACCCGUGCUCUCGUUGCGCCCUCCGACCCGCCAGUAAUAUCUUACGUCGCAUGGUCUCCCUCUGGCAACUCCUUAGCCUACGUACACGCCUCGGACCUUUACGUCCUGCCCAACCCUUCGCCUCUUACACAGCCUAUCCGGGUCACGCAUGAUGGCAGCAAGACUGUGUUCAAUGGUAUCCCUGACUGGGUGUAUGAGGAAGAGGUGUUUAACACGGAUUAUGCGCUCUGGUGGAGUCCGGAUUCGAGGAGAAUCGCUUUCUUGAGGAGUGACGAGACUGCGGUGGAUGAGUACACCUUCCCCGUGUAUAAUCCGACUGAUGAUGCACACACCGUGGAACCUUAUACUGACUUUACGACCAUGAAAUACCCCAAGCCGGGGUACGCGAACCCCAACGUCUCCGCCAUGCUCUUCGACCUGUCCCAGUACGACGCCAUCUUCCCGGCGGACACCACUUCCGUACACACCCUUGCUCUCCCAAGUACAAUGGAUAUCAAAGACCGGGUCAUCCAGGAGGUGGUCUGGGUGGGGAACACCAGCCUGUUCGUUAAGGAAGUCAAUCGUGCUGCCGACCAGGGGAGCGUCAUGUUAUUCAAUCUAUCCGCUGGGCUGGAGGGAACUGUUGUGCGCACACUUGGGGGAGAAGGAGGCGAGUGGGCCGAUGGUGGGUGGAUCGAUCCCGAGCAACGGGUCCUCCCCCUCUCGACGCACGGGCUCGAGGGUUACCCGCACACAGCAUACCUCGACAUCCUCCCCAACAAGAAGGGGUUCAACCACCUCUGUCUCUUCACUUCUGCCCAAUCUCGCAGACCGAGAUUCUUGACGGACGGAGAUUGGGAAGUCACCGGCCAGAACAUUAAAGUUGAUUCUCAACGACGAGUAGUCUACUUCCAAGGCGCCGGACCAGGAGCAGCGUCGACACAGAGAUACAUCUACUCUGUCCGCCUGCCAUCUGCAACGGCGCUCCAAGCGCUGGAAGAGGAAGGAAGGGAUGAACUUCCUUUCGAGGCGCCUACACCGAUGAUCGACGGCAGCAAGCCGGGGUAUUGGUCGGCGAGCUUUUCCUCUCAGGGUGGAUAUUAUUCCCUCUCGUAUGAAGGGCCAGAAGUGCCUUGGCAGGAGAUGAGGAAGACUGGUGACGCGCGCUUCAAGAUCCUCCUGGAAAAUAACUCGCUCUUGAAUCAGACACUGCAGGAAUACCACAUGCCCCAGAUUAUCUACAGCACUAUCACCAUCGACGGUGUAGAGAUGAAUGCGCUUGAACUGCGUCCUCCAAACAUGGACGACUCUGGGCGCGUCAAGUACCCGGUGCUGUUCCGCGUCUAUGGGGGCCCGAAUGCGCAAGAGAUCACCCACCGGUUCAAGAGAGAUUGGCAUCAUUACCUAGCGACGACUCUGAGGUAUGUGGUGGUUGUUGUUGAUGGGCGGGGAACGGGAUGGCGCGGAAGGAACUUCAGGAAGGUGGUGAGGGGAAAUCUGGGGGCGUGGGAGGUGAGAGACCAAGUGGAGGCUGCGAAGGAGUGGGUCGGGCGCGAAUACAUCGAUUUGAAGAGAGUUGGCAUCUGGGGUUGGUCAUACGGCGGAUAUAUGACAUGCCGGACUAUUGAGAGCGAUUCGGGCGUGCAUACUCUGGGCAUGGCGGUUGCUCCUGUCACUGAUUGGCAUUUCUACGAUUCUAUCUAUACCGAGCGAUACAUGUUGACGCCCCAGGCGAAUGCCGGGGGCUACAAGAAUUCCUCCGUUCAUAACGUACAGCCGUUUGGGAAGGUUGACUUCCUCCUUGCACACGGAACCGGCGAUGAUAAUGUUCACUUCGCAAACUCGGCACAUCUCUUAGACAUGUUCACACAGGAAGGCGUACGAGGAUUCCGUUUCCGGAUGUUUACCGACAGCGAUCAUAGUAUCCAACAGCGCGGAGCAUAUCGAGAACUGCACGAGUACAUGACCGCGUUCCUGGUUGAGAAAUGGGGUCAUGGCGGUAUUAAGCGAGGUUGACUCGAAGUUGGAUCUGUAUCUUCCCUAUACCCUGAUUAACCAUCGCCUUCGAGCAUUGUUUGUAGUUGGUCGACGUGACAAAUGUAAA